AUGAACCGUGCGUUAGUCCUGCUGGCAGUACUCGUUCAAGGCGCUUCGGCCCUUGGAAGGACUCAGUCAGUCGGCGUCCGUGGCACGUUGAUGUGCCACGACCACCCAGCUGCUAACAUCAAAGUCAAGAUCUUCGACGAAGACAAACGUAAAUCUUUCUUUCAAAUCAAAUCAAAUCACAUAUCCAAUUUUUGGUUUUUCUCGUUUGCUUUCCAUGAGAUUUGCAGUCUCGCCUGACGAGUUGAUGGCAUCUGGAAAGAGUGACGGCAGUGGUAAGUUCGAAUUGAGCGGCCAUGCUGACGAAUUCACCUCGAUCGAGCCAAAACUCAACGUCUACCACGAUUGUGACGACGGAAUCAAGGUAAACACAGGGGAACAUGGAAACUAAAUUUAUAAAAUUUCUUCUUGUCGCUCUUCAUGAGUUUUCUUCUCUGAAACCGUUAAAAACCGUGAUCUUGAAAGUUCAUAGAAAACUUUUUUUGCUGAAGAAAGUCUUUGCAGCCAUGCCAACGCAAGAUCACAGUCUACAUUCCCGACUCGUAUAUCAGCAGUGGAGAACAACCAAAGAAGUUCUUCGACUUCGGAAUUCUUCAACUCGCCGCCAAAUUCUCAGGAGAAACUCGUGACUGCCUCAAUUGA